AGCAGCGGUGGCGGCGGCGGCUGCUGUUGUCACCCACCGGCCGCCUGUCCCGCUUGCCCUCCUCGCUGCAGGGUUUGCCGGGCCGGCAGGGCCGGGGACAGGCGGCCACCUUCUGACCGCUGCCACCACCGCCAUGCUGGCCAUUCGCCCACCCCACUGGGGGCCCCACCGCGCCCCAGCCCCCCGUGGGCCCGGUGCCAGCCCUGACCAGGGUCUCAGCGGCGGUGGCAGCCGAGGUGCAGGAUGCGAGAAGGCGCCCCCCGGCCGGGCUCCCGCUCCAGGCCUCGCACCCCUGCGGCCCUCUGAGCCCACCAUGGCCGUUCCACCAGGCCAUGGCCCCUUCUCUGGCUUCCCGGGGCCCCAGGAGCACACACAGACAUUGCCUGAUGUGCGGCUGCUGCCUCGGAGGCUGCCGCUGGCCUUCCGGGAUGCCACUUCAGCCCCCCUGCGCAAGCUCUCUGUGGAUCUCAUCAAGACCUACAAGUACAUCAAUGAGGUGUACUAUGCGAAGAAGAAACGGCGGGCCCAGCAGGUGCCACCCCAGGACUCGAGCACCAAGAAGGAGAAGCGGGUCCUGAACCAUGGUUACGAUGACGACAACCAUGACUACAUUGUGCGCAGUGGCGAGCGCUGGCUGGAGCGCUACGAGAUUGACUCUCUGAUUGGCAAAGGCUCCUUUGGCCAGGUGGUGAAAGCCUAUGAUCAUCAGACCCAGGAGCUGGUGGCCAUCAAGAUCAUCAAGAACAAAAAGGCCUUCCUGAACCAGGCACAGAUCGAGUUGCGGCUGCUGGAGCUGAUGAACCAGCAUGACACAGAGAUGAAGUACUACAUAGUGCACCUGAAGCGGCACUUCAUGUUCCGGAACCACCUGUGCCUGGUGUUCGAGCUGCUGUCCUACAACCUGUAUGACCUCCUGCGAAACACACACUUCCGAGGCGUCUCGCUGAACCUGACCCGGAAGCUGGCGCAGCAGCUCUGUACAGCGUUGCUCUUCCUGGCCACGCCCGAACUCAGCAUCAUCCACUGCGACCUCAAGCCAGAGAACAUUCUCCUCUGCAACCCCAAGCGCAGUGCCAUCAAGAUCGUGGACUUCGGCAGCUCCUGCCAACUUGGCCAGCGGAUCUAUCAGUACAUCCAGAGCCGCUUCUACCGCUCCCCGGAGGUGCUCCUGGGCACACCCUACGACCUGGCCAUCGACAUGUGGUCCCUGGGCUGCAUCCUGGUAGAGAUGCACACUGGGGAGCCUCUCUUCAGUGGCUCCAAUGAGGUGGACCAGAUGGGCCGCAUUGUGGAGGUGCUGGGCAUCCCACCAGCCCCCAUGCUGGAGCAGGCCCCCAAGGCUCGCAAGUACUUUGAGCGGCUGCCUGGGGGUGGCUGGACCCUACGCAGGACAAAGGAACUCAGGAAGGAUUACCAGGGCCCCGGGACACGGCGGCUGCAGGAGGUGCUGGGCGUGCAGACGGGCGGGCCCGGGGGCCGGCGGGCGGGGGAGCCGGGCCACAGCCCCGCCGACUACCUCCGCUUCCAGGACCUGGUGCUGCGCAUGCUGGAGUACGAGCCUGCCGCCCGCAUCAGCCCCCUGGGCGCCCUGCAGCAUGGCUUCUUCCGCCGCACGGCCGACGAGGCCACCAACACGGGCCCGGCAGGCAGCAGUGCCUCCACCUCGCCCGCGCCCCUCGACACCUGCCCCUCCUCUAGCACCGCCAGCUCCAUCUCCAGCUCGGGAGGUUCCAGUGGCUCCUCCAGUGACAACCGGGCCUACCGCUACAGCAACCGAUAUUGUGGGGGCCCUGGGCCCCCAAUCUCUGACUGUGAGAUGAACAGCCCCCAGGUUCUGCCCUCCCAGCCGCUGCGCCCCUGGGCAGGGGGCGAUGUGCCCCACAAGACACAUCAAGCCCCUACCUCUGCCUCAUCACUGCCGGGGACCGGGGCCCAGUUACCCCCCCAGCCCCGAUGCCUUGGCCGUCCCCCAUCACCAACCUCACCACCACCCCCGGAGCUGAUGGAUGUGAGCCUGGUGGGAGGCCCUUCAGACUCCCCACCUCACCCAGCGCCUGCCCCCCAGCACCCGGCUGCCUCAGCCCUCCGGACUCGGAUGACAGGAGGUCGUCCACCUCUCCCACCCCCUGAUGACCCUGCCUCUCUGGGGCCUCGCCUGGGCCUCCGUGGUGUACCCCAGAGCACAGCAGCCAGCUCAUGACCCCGCCCCCUCUCUGGGGCCCUUCCUGAAGCCAUACCCCCCCCCCCCAUCUGGGGGCCCUGGGCUCCCAUCCUCAUCUCUCCCCCUAGACUGGAAUUGCUGCUACCCAGCUGGGGUGGGUGAGGCCUGCACUGAUUGGGGCCUGGGGAAAGGGUCAAGGAGAGGGGUUUGGCCACACCCUCCCCACUAAGGACUGGACCCUUGGCCUCCUCUCCCCCUUGUUUUCUAUUUAUUGUACCAAAGACAGUGGUGGUCCGGUGGGGGAGGGGGAGACAUUCUCCCUUGCCCCAGGAUCCUAGGAGGGGUGGGGGCAGGUAGGGGGAGAUGGCCUUGCUCCUCCUCGCUGUACCCCCCAGUAAAGAGCUUUCUCACA